UUCCUCUCUCCUUUCAUAUUCACUCCAUCAUUCUUUCUUUUCCACCUUUUCUUUCCUCCCUAAACAAAAAACCCCAGAUCUACUCUCACCUUCCCUUUUCUUCGCUCUUUCUCAUACUAAAUUCCAAGACCACCCUCUCUCCUCUCUUCUCCUCUCUCUUUCUUUGCUCACUCUCUCUAUUUCCCUGUGGCCCUCCCCCUCCCUUUUCAUGUUUCCCCCUCCCCUCCAUCCUCUCUUUCCCUCGCUGGUUCAGUUAGUCAAAGAAGAGAUUCACCGAAGGAGAGAAAAAGGGGGAAAGGCAGGACGAGAGUGAGAGCGCAGGAGUGGGGCAGGCUGGGGAGAGGGGUGUGGGGUCUCAGCCCUCUGUUGUGGGGGGUUGGGGGGGUUGAGAUACACCCCAAUAUUUUGUUCUAAGUACCAUGGACUGCCUCUGCAUUGUGACUACAAAGAAGUAUAGGUACCAGGAUGAGGAGACGCCCCCCUUGGAGCACAGUCCAGCUCAUCUGGCUCCAGGGAAAAGUGCCGAAAUGCUUCAUAUGAGUGACAAGAACCUUGCUGCCAUGGAGGCCAUACAUGGCUACACACCACAUACGCAUAUCUCUCCUGUCAAGCCAGUGUUGAUGUCUACAGGACACACUCCAAUGUACACCUCCGCUGUUUCUACACUGGGAAAUACUCCUCCAGUGGUGGUGAACACCGACACACUCGAUAGCUCCCCAUAUGUGAACGGGACAGAAGGGGAAAUCGAGUAUGAGGAGAUAACACUGGAGAGAGGUAACUCCGGCCUAGGCUUCAGCAUAGCAGGGGGAACAGACAACCCCCACGUGGGCGACGACCCCAGCAUCUUCAUCACCAAAAUCAUACCUGGAGGAGCCGCAGCUCAGGACGGCAGACUGAGUGUGAAUGACUGCAUCCUAUUUGUGAAUGAUGUUGAUGUGAGGGAAGUGACACACAGUCAAGCUGUCGAGGCUCUUAAGGAGGCAGGUGCUAUCGUCCGCCUCUACGUUCUCCGCCGGAAACCAGCAGCAGAAAAAGUUACUGAAAUCAAACUCAUCAAAGGGCCUAAAGGCUUAGGUUUCAGCAUUGCUGGAGGGGUGGGAAACCAGCACAUACCAGGAGAUAACAGUAUCUAUGUCACCAAGAUCAUUGAAGGCGGGGCAGCUCAUAAAGAUGGGCGUCUGCAGAUCGGGGAUAAGAUCUUAGCGGUGAACAAUGUAUGUCUGGAGGAUGUGAUGCAUGAGGAUGCGGUGGGGGCUCUGAAGAACACAGCCGAGGUGGUGUACCUCAGGGUGGCCAAGCCCAACAACCUGUUCCUGACGAACUCUUAUAACCCUCCAGACCUCACCAGCACAUACUCUCACAUGGACACAGAUCUCAGCCACCCAAACUACCUAGGGUCAGAUUACCCACAGGCCCUCACUCCCACCUCACCUAGUCGGUUUUCUCCUGUUCUGCAUGGCCUGAUGGGAGACGAUGACAUUCCCAGGGAGCCUCGGAGAGUCCUGAUCCAUCGAGGUUCUACAGGCCUGGGCUUCAACAUUGUUGGAGGAGAGGAUGGUGAGGGGAUAUUUAUCUCCUUCAUCCUGGCAGGAGGGCCAGCCGACCUCAGCGGAGAGCUGCACAAGGGCGAUCAGAUCCUCAGUGUGAACGGCGUGGACCUGCGUAUGGCUACACAUGAGCAGGCGGCUGCAGCACUGAAGAACGCAGGGCAGACAGUGACUAUAAUCGCUCAGUACAGACCUGACGAAUACAGCCGUUUCGAAGCCAAAAUCCAUGACUUGAGGGAACAGCUGAUGAACAGCAGCAUGGGCUCGGGGACAACAACACUAAGGAGCAACCCAAAGAGAGGCUUCUACAUCAGGGCUCUUUUUGACUAUGAUAAGACUGCAGACUGUGGGUUUCUCAGUCAGGCGCUGGGCUUCAAGUUUGGGGAUGUGCUGCACGUGUUGGACUGUGGAGAUGAGGAGUGGUGGCAGGCGCGUAAGGUCAGCCCCCAGAACGAGGCUGAGGAGGUCGGCUUCAUCCCCAGCAAGCACAGGGUGGAGAGGAAAGAAUGGUCUCGUGUUAACACCAAAGAGAGGGACCACGGCCGGGAUAGUUUGGGCACUCAAGGGAGAGAUAAAAUCUCACACAGCUAUGAAACUGUCACCCAGGUAGAAGUUCAUUAUGCGAGACCCAUCAUCAUUCUGGGUCCUGUGAAGGACAGGAUAAAUGACGACCUGUUGUCUGAGUUCCCGGAUAAGUUUGGAUCAUGUGUACCACACACCACACGGCCCAAGAGGGAGUAUGAGGUGGACGGGAGGGACUAUCACUUCGUGUCGUCACGGGAACAGAUGGAGAAGGACAUCCAGAGCCAUCGCUUCAUCGAGGCGGGACAGUACAACAGCCACUUGUACGGCACCAGUGUCCAGAGCGUCCGAGAGGUGGCUGAGCAGCAGGGGAAACACUGCAUCCUGGAUGUAUCAGCCAACGCUGUACGCAGACUACAAGCGGCACAGCUCCAUCCCAUCGCCAUCUUUGUCCGGCCUAAGUCACUGGAAAAUGUCCUAGAGAUCAACACUCGUCUGACAGAGGAACAGGCCAGGAAAGGAAUGGACCGAGCCCUCAAACUAGAACAAGACUUCCUAGAGUGUUUCUCAGCUGUCGUGGAAGGGGACAGCUUUGAAGAGGUCUAUCACAAAGUAAAGACAGUGAUCGAGGAGCAAUCAGGGCCUUACAUCUGGAUCCCCACUCGGGAGAGGCUGUGAUGCUGCAACAGUGCAAACCGCCCCUCCCUCACGACCACCAACCGACACCGCCCUUCACCCUCACAGCCAAGCCAGCCUCGCCUGCCUGUCUGUCCUCCAGCAAAGUCAGUGCUUAGGCAAUCACAGAGAAUGACACAGACAAAUGAAGCAAAUGCAUACUAAGACAAACACAGAGACAGGGACGAACACAGGAAGUGACACAGGGAGGCAAAGACCGAUACCAAAAAGGAGACUCUGAGACAGAUGUGAACACACUGAUGUGUAAUUAUACUGAAAGAGACUGGGUUCAAAGACUUAAUCAGUGUCCUACCUUAAUGAGGCAUGACUGAGUAUUGAGGCCUUGUUCACACUUUGCAUUAAAAUGAAUCCCGGUCACAAGUGGAUAGCUCUAAAUAAAGCUGUGACAGCACCCAAAACUGGGGAUUUAAUCAUAGGUGAUUUAGCAGUGCCAGACAGCUUGGACAAAAUGUCAAUGUCUGUACAAGAGGCACAAUAUCUAACCAUUUCCAGCUGUAUGGCAGAGUGUAAAUGUCUAAUAUUUGUGUUUAGAUGCAAGUGCAGUUUCAUAACAGGAAAAAUCCAAUGGGAAACAAUGUGUAAUUAAGUAGUUACAGACACAUUUUGAUGCCAUGUGUGAACUUUACUCUAUCUCAAUCAGAUUUACACACAAUUCAAUAAACGGUAUCUGUACAUGAGACAGUAGGUCUGGCUAGAAAAACAGUAGAGGGUGACCCCACAGUGACGGACCUGAAGUAUUAUUCACGCGGCCUCCUUAUCCCUCUCAAGCGCCACACCCUGAUUGAACACCUCCAUGCGCCUAUGUCUAAGAUGGUGGUGCCCAAAAAGACACUGGCUCCUCUUUUUAUAUUACAUCCUGACUUCCUCUAGUCCUCCUGCCAGCUCUGCCUUGUUACAGGACGGGGAAGGGGGAAGUCUGAAAGAGGGGGUUCUGCUGAGUCCCUCUUGACCAGGAGCCAUUUCUCGGCAGAGUCCCUUUUCUUGUGAAUCCUUGGUUCUGAGCGUGAACACAGAAAACAACCUCAGUGACCAAGACUGACUCACUCACUUAUGUUUAUUGUUGUGAGGCAUUAUUUAAAGGCAGUUCAGAUAAUAAUAAUAAAAAAAACACUCAUAUGCUAAAUUUGUGCAUGCAUCCUCAAAGACAAUGGAGGAGACAGGAGUCAAAAAUAAUGGAAAAUUCUGAUUUAAAAAAUUAAAAAAUAAUACAGUAGAAAGGCAAGUAGGUAGGGCGUGUUCCCCUUUUCCACCUCCUUAUUGUGGAGGAGUUUUUUAGCAUGUCUCAUGAAGGAAGAAGAGCAGAGAGACAUGAUGGCAAGUUAUGUUGAUAAGAGGCCAGUUCUGAGUACAGUAGAUGCUCUGACAUAUAGUUUAGCCUCUGCUCUCUAAUGCACACACUCACGCGUACACACACAAACGCACGCACUCACACCCAUCCACAAACACACAUAUAGAGUUGUAACCUCAGCUGUAACCUAGCACACUCCUCUAAAGGGGGGACUGGCUGUUCUGACCUGCUAGUCAGAAUCCAGGAUGAAUGUUAUCUCUCUAGGCACAAACAGCAGAGCUGUUAGCUUCAUCACACCACAGCCAACUCACCGAUCACUCUUCCAAAAGAAAUCCCUCAGCCGCAGACAUACACACUGUUUUCAGUGGCUGCAGUAAAAGCCAUGGCAUUUGUGUGUGUGUCUGUGUGUGUGUGUAUAUGCGUGUGUCUGUGCGUGUGUGCAUUUGUGCACAAUUAUGCGUGGAAAGUCCUCUGUGUGGGAGGAAUAGGUCUUCUUUUAUUCUCUCUCUUCCACCUUUUUCUCUGCUUAUUUCUCCCUCUUGUGUCCACACAAAGUAAAGCUAAGUCAUGUUUAACAAAUAAAUGGCCUAUAUAUAUAUAUAAAUAUAAAUAUGAAUAUAUAUAUAUAUAUAUAUAUAUAUAUCUUUUUUAUGCCUAUUUCUAACGGGACUACGUCUGUAAAAAUCAACAUUUCCAAACAAUAUUCCAUUGAUUUCUUUUGGUAAUAUUGCACUUUGGUUGUUGAAUUUACUCACAUUCCCAUUUUAUUGUUGUGAAACACAGCAAAAACCUACAACGGAAUAACCAUUCAAGUCGGUGUAAUGCAGACCUCACUCUAGAGCUUGACAUAUUAGACAUGUUCUAUGUUGACAAUGAACUGAAACACAUGUACAAUGCAGCUGCGUGUGUCUGCGUGACUGUGUGCGUGUGCAUAUGUGCGUUUGCUGCUUGUGUGUGUGUGUGUGCGAGUGACAAGAAAGUGUGUUACUUAUGAAAAAUAAAUGAUACUAUAUGAGAAUAUCUAUCCUUUAUAACAUCCACUUGUGGUUAUAAUGUAUAAUACAUAAAUGGGUGGUGUGUAUGUGUGUGUGCCAGAGUGAGAAAGUGAGACACGCACAGAUGUAGUGCAAUACUGCUAUGAUGUUAUGCAAUGAAGAUGGAUUUAUGUGUGUCUAAGAUUAUAACUGUAUUUAUAAAGUUUGCACUGAAGGCAUUAUAUGCUACAGGUAUUAACAGGAAGAAGAUAGUGAGCAUAAGCAAAAGGUAUCCACAGUUUUAUGAGCAUGUGUUUGUAUUUACUUAUAAUUUGUUCUGAAUUAUAAGAGUGAUACUGGAAGUAUUGAUAGAAGUGAUCAUUCAUAUUAAUUGUUUGUUUAUUUUGCUCACUUGCCUCUCUCUUCAGCUCAAGGUGGAUCAACUGAAGCUUGUGAAUGAGUAUCAGUUUCUUUUUUUUUAUGAUUUUAUUUAUUUAGAACUGUCACUGGUUUCAUCUCAAGUCUGUAUAUUUUUGUAUUUUUUUUUCACACUGAGAGAGUUUUUGGGUCUUGGCCAGAAAUGCUGUAAAUAUAUUCAGAAUGUGGGGGGUGCCGUGUGGCUUCAGAUUUAGCCGUGCACGCUGCUGAAUGAAGUACAGGAUCCAUCAGAGCCACAGCCCAGUAUACUGCUCAAACACAGAAACGACAUCUGCACACUUCGGGGUGGGCAACACACACAUACACACACAACAAUAUCACACGUCCACACAUUCAUUUACAUUUACACAUUGAGAGAAUCACAGAAACAGCAACACGUGACAUCACAUUCAUGAAUGGAAUAAUAUGUUUUCAGUUUCUUUAUUGGAGGGUUCAAUGUAUUUCUUAAUAUUUCUCUCAGCCAUCCAUAUCAUAGUGUGAUAUUCCUUAUAAAAUAUAUGACUUUUUACAGAAAAGACUGAUUACAAAGUUACAACAAAGUCAACUGAUGCAGAAAAAUAUAUUUAACAAUGACAAUAUCAAGCAAAAUAAAAUGUUCCAGUUCAGUGAAGCGCUUGUUGUAAAUUAGCUAUAAAAUAAUAAAAUGAAUUUAAAAAUGCUUUCUGAAA